CUCAACACAAAAUGGAGCGAAUUUCAUUCUACUUAAAUAAACUUUUAAUAUUCGCCUGCGUAUUCUUAAUUCUUUUAUUGCCUUCAAUUUUGGCACAAAUACCAAAUUGUGAGUUCCACGAUACUGUCAACAUAACUGGAAGUUUUCGUUUCGCCAACGGUUCCUAUUUGCAUGAUGGAGUAAUUAUACCACCUGAACUCAUUGGUGAAUAUAGUAUUGAGGUGCUGUAUAAGGGUCAUGAAUUGCCUGUAGAGAAGCAUAUACGUGGUUGCAUCUGUAAACUAAGAACUUGUGUUAAAUUUUGUUGUCAUCCACCACAAACAAAAAUAAAGGACCUAAGAGAAUGUGAGACCGGAAUAGAGAAUGAACUUGAACUGUCACCUUACGUGAAUAUUACUUUUAAUAAUGGUACGGAAAAGAGUAUACCUGUUUUAGAAGAAUUUUCUAUUGUAGUAGGAAUACCAUGUCAUAAUGCUUACAAGUUAAUACCAGACGAUCCCGACGAUGAAUGGAAAUUAUAUGAGAACGGCACGAUGAAGCGCUUAUAUGACAAUGCUAUUCUGUCAAGACGUGAUUACUGCUUAGCACCACAUAACAAAAGUGAUGUGUACUCAUUCACUCCAAUGAAUUGUCCAAAUGCUGUUGUAGAGCCAGAUAAUCUAUUCGUCGACAGUGUAGCAAUGCUAAUAUCCAUACCUUUUUUUGUGUUGACAAUUUUGGUGUAUGCAUGCCUACCGAAGUUAAGGAAUUUGCAUGGGAAAUGCCUAAUAUGCUACUUAAUUUCUUUAACAUCUGGAUAUAGUCACUUGGUAAUGAACAACUUUUACAGCACAUCUUAUAGUGAUUUCAAAUGUACUUUUUUGGGAUUUACGGGUUAUUUCUCCUUUAUGGCUGCAUAUUUAUGGUUAAAUGUGAUAAGUAUUGAUCUUUGGCAUAAUUUUCGACUUAUCAACUGUAAUGUAAAUCGUUAUAUUAAAAACAAACGCUUUACUGUUUAUUCUCUUUAUGCUUGGGGCAUGGCUGGAGCUCUAACGUUGUUAACUCUUAAGGCACAAUAUUCUGAUUUUGAUUAUAGUUUAAAGCCUGGGAUUGGUGAUCAGUUUUGCUGGGUUAAACACGACGAUUGGUCAGCUAUGAUAUACUUUUAUGGGCCGAUGAUGCUACUAAUAUUCUUCAAUAUAAUUAUGUUUUCACUGAUAUCAAUUAAUAUUUAUAAUGUUAAAAAGGGAUUAAAACAUUUUGCACAUAAUGAAAACAGUGAAAAGUAUCUACAAUCGCAAAAGGAGAACUUUGGUUUAUUUCUACGUUUAUUCAUUGUAAUGGGUAUUAUCUGGAUGUUGGACGUUUUGUCGUAUAUCGUAGGACCUUUUAACAUUUGGGCAGUCUUUUUUUAUAUACCGGACUUUUGCAUUGCGGCACAGGGAAUUGUAAUAUUUAUACUUUUUGUACUCAAACAAAAAGUCAUAAAACUUAUUAAAAAAAGAAUAAAUCCAACAAAGGAGCUUGCCUUUUAUUUAACAAACAAAAAAAGCAAAUCGGAGAAGAGCACCUCAAGGUCGCAGACAAAUGACACUCCCAAGAGUUAAUUCCAAUUUUUAGUUGCUAUAUGUACACUUUCUCAACUACAAACAUAAAUCCCAAUAUUCACUAUCCUAUUUUGUGAUUAAUCGACUAGACAUUAAUUGAUUAUUUAAGCUCUAAAAAAUUUUAUUAACAUAAAUUGAAUAUUUAAUACUUUUGGAAAACUUUGAAUAUUUCAGUAGUAACGCCGGUCUC